AUGAACAGAGCACGCCUUGCCUCGAGAAGCAUCAUGUCCAUGAAGGCCUAUCAACCUCUCAAGCGAUCCCUCGCAACACAAUCCUUCAUCACAUCGCAUUUCGACAACCCAGCACCCAAGGACACCCAAAACUUCCUCAACAACAAGUUUGUGGACAGCAAGGCGAGCAAGUUCAUCGAUGUGCAUGAUCCAGCUACCAAUAUUGUCGUGACGCGAGUGCCGGAGAGUACAAAGGAGGAGAUGGAAGCAGCUGUUGAGGCAGCCAAGGCAGCAUUCCCCGCUUGGCGCAAAACCACCAUCCUUGCUCGUCAGCAAAUUAUGUUCAAGCUGGUUGGAUUGAUUCGUGAGAACUGGGACAGGCUUGCCGCUAGCAUCACAUUGGAGCAAGGAAAGACCAUGGCCGAUGCGAGGGGUGAUGUCCUGCGUGGUUUGCAGGUCUGUGAAUCUGCAUGUGGUAUUUCCUCAAUGCAACUCGGCGAGCACCUCGAAGUCUCAACAGAUAUGGACACCUACACCAUUCGCGAGCCUCUUGGUAUCGUGGCUGCUAUUUGCCCAUUCAACUUCCCCGCCAUGAUUCCACUUUGGUGUCUACCAAUGGCCAUCAUCACAGGCAAUUGUCUGAUUAUGAAGCCAAGUGAGCGAGACCCAGGAGCUGCCAUGAUUCUUGCUGAGCUUGCAAAAGAAGCUGGCUUGCCUGACGGUGUGCUCAAUAUGAUUCACGGCACAGCACCGGCAGUCGACUUUAUCCUCGAUGCGCCUGCCAUCAAGGCAAUUUCAUUUGUUGGUAGUGACAAGGCUGGUACGUACAUCUAUCAACGCGGUACAGCCAAUGGUAAGCGCGUGCAAGCCAACUUGGGUGCCAAGAAUCACGGUAUUUUGAUGCCUGAUGCCAACAAGAACCACGCCCUCAAUGCACUCUCUGGCGCUGCAUUCGGUGCUGCUGGUCAACGCUGCAUGGCACUUUCUACACUUGUUUGUGUGGGUGAGACCAAGGACUGGAUGCAUGACUUGACUGAACGUGCCAAGGCUCUUAAAUGCUCUGGCGGUUUCGUCGAGGGCACCGAUCUCGGUCCGGUUAUCUCGAAGCACUCCAAGCAGCGAAUUGAAGGCUUGAUUGAGUCUGCUGAAAAGGAAGGUGCAACUAUCUUGCUUGAUGGCCGAAACUUCAAGGUCGAUGGCUUCCCAGAUGGUAAUUGGGUGGGUCCAACCAUCAUCACCAAUGUGACCACCGACAUGAAGUGCUACCAAGAAGAAAUCUUCGGUCCUGUGCUUGUUUGCUUGAAUGUUCAGACUUUGGAUGAGGCUAUUGACCUUGUCAAUGCCAACAGGUACGGUAAUGGUGCUGCCGUCUUUACAAACUCGGGCGCCGUGGCACGUCGUUGUCAGAAGGAUCUCGAAGCCGGUCAACUCGGUAUCAACGUCCCUAUCCCUGUUCCUAUCCCUCCAUUCUCGUUCACUGGUAACAAGGGCUCUAUUCUGGGAGACCUGAACUUUUACGGCAAAGGUGGGUUGCAAUUCUACACGCAGCUCAAGACUGUUACGUCGCUUUGGCGUCAUGAAGAUGCCGUGUCUACGAAAUCCGAUGUGGCUAUGCCUACCAACUCAUAG